AUGGAGGGUGCAACGAAGUGGGAUCCGAGAUGCUCAAGAAUAUCCAAUGACAUCUGCUGCUUGUGUAGCCAUCCGAAACUUCUUGAAAAUCGAGUUGCUAUAGUGUCUACUUCUGCCAUGCAAGCGGAACUAGUGCAAGCUCGAUUAUGCAUUCAUGACCUUGAAGCUGAGUGCCAGUCUUCUAAGAAGAAAGUCAACCACUUAGUGAAGAAGAUGGGAGAAGAAAGAACCUCAUGGCAGAGCAGCGAACAUGAGAAAAUUCGUGCAGUUAUAAAUGAUUUUGACAAUCAAUUAAGGAGGGAGAGAAAAAAAGGUAAAACACUGGAAAUUCUCAAUUCUAAAUUGGUCAAUGAGUUGACAAAUGUCAAAUCAUGUGCUAAGCAGUUCAGGAAAGACUACGAGGAAGAAAAAAGAGCCAGGGAAAUAAUGGAGGAAGUUUGCAAUGAACUUGCCAAUAAAGUUGCGGAAGAUAAAGCUGAAGUUGAAAUAUUCAAGGCUGAGUCCAUCAAGAUUCAGGAAGAAAUGGAAGAGGAGAGGAAGAUGUUGCAGAUGGCUGAGGUUUGGCGCGAAGAGCGUGUCCAGAUGAAGCUGAUUGAUGCAAAAUUGGCCCUUGAAGACAGGUAUUGCCAAAUGAACAAAUUAAUAACAGACCUUGAAACUUUUAUAAGUUCAAGAAGUUCAACCUUGGAUUUGAUGGGUUUGAGGAAAGCCGAGUUGAUCAGACAAGCAGCUAAAUUGAUAAAUGUUAAAGACAUCAAGGAAUUUUAUGCACCACCAAAAUCAAGUGAUAUAUACUCUAUUUAUGAAGAACUCAAGAAAAUUGAAGCCAACGAAAGGGAGAUUAAAGAAUGCAAUAAAAGCAGCCCUGCAAGCAAUGCUUCCAAACUCCAGCUUGCCAGUUCUGAUUUUAAUGACUAUAACGACCAUUCUUUGCAGCAAGGAUCGACUAUUAUCAAUGACUAUAACUGUCAUUUAGAAGAGGAUGCAAGAGGCUAUGACUCUGCCAGUCAUGCUGAGGGUCAAGAUUCAAGCUAUUCCCAUGAAGGGAAUCAACUCUCCGUUAACAGGCUUAGCCAAAGCAAAAAUGCUUGGCAGAUUUCAAGAGAAUAUGAUGAGAAUGAAGCUAAUUCUCAAGGCGCGCAAAGAAGUGAGGUCUACUCGGCAUCAGAAGAAUCAAUGCAUAAGGCACCUUCCAUAUCUAAGCUUUCAAAAUCUGGCGAAUGUAAGAACAAAUGCUAUGAGAUAACCGCAGAUGACAGUGAUGGAAUGGUCUUCAAUGGAAAUUUUUCUAACAAGGAGACCUCUCCACGAAGAAAGUCAUGGGACGGUAGGCUUCGGCAGCAAGAUUCUGUUGAGCAGUGGAGCUCGCCAGAGUUGGUGAAUCCACAUGUUACUCGAGGAAUAAAAGAGCGCAUUAAAUGGCCACGAGGCAUUCAAAAGAAUACCUUGAAGGCCAAGCUUUUGGAAGCAAGGAUGGAAAGCCAGAAAGCUCAGUUGCACAGUAUUCUAAAGCAGAAGACUUAG